GCGUGACGCUAUAGCACUCUCCACUUUAUACGAACAAACCCAGCAGUAAAUUAGCCACUCUAACUCACUAAUUUCAAUCAUUUUAUCCAUCGCUUCUCAUAAGCUAUCCACUUAUCAUUGUCUGGCCUCCGAGAUGGGUUUUGCCGAGAAAGAGUAUGAGUUUCUAAGCGAGAUCGGUCUGGGUCCCGAGAAUCCUGGUGGCUUUAUCAAUGGCAAGUGGAAGGCAAGUGGCCCAGUUAUCUCUACUGUUAACCCUUCUAACAAUCAGCAAAUUGCUAAAGUCACGGAAGUGUCUAUAGAAGAUUAUGAGGAGGGCUUGCGUGCCUGCAAUGAAGCAGCCAAGACAUGGAAGAGUCUCCCAGCACCAAAGAGAGGUGAGAUUGUUAGGCAAAUAGGAGACGCAUUAAGAGAGAAAUUGCAGCAUCUGGGUAGGCUUGUGUCCCUCGAGAUGGGAAAAAUACUUGCUGAAGGAAUUGGGGAAGUUCAGGAAGUUAUUGAUAUGUGUGAUUAUGCUGUUGGACUGAGCCGACAACUGAAUGGAUCUAUCGUACCUUCCGAACGUCCAAAUCAUAUGAUGUUUGAGGUCUGGAAUCCAUUGGGGGUAGUUGGUGUCAUCACUGCUUUCAAUUUCCCAUGUGCUGUUCUUGGAUGGAACGCCUGCAUUGCAUUAGUCUGCGGUAACUGUGUUGUAUGGAAGGGUGCACCAACAACUCCAUUGGUAACUAUUGCUGUGACAAAGCUAAUUGCUGAAGUUCUUGAAAAAAAUAACUUGCCAAGUGCUAUAUUCACCUCUUUCUGUGGGGGAGCUGAAAUUGGUGAAGCAAUAGCAAAAGACACACGGAUACCCCUGGUUUCAUUCACUGGAAGCUCAAAGGUAGGUUCGAAGGUGCAAAAGAUUGUCAAUGAGAGGUUUGGUAAAUGCUUACUUGAAUUAAGUGGAAACAAUGCCUUAAUUGUUAUGGAUGAUGCCAACAUUGGGCUGGCAGUGCGUUCUAUCUUGUUUGCUGCUGUUGGUACUGCUGGUCAACGCUGCACAACGUGCCGCAGAUUGUAUCUUCACGAAAGUAUAUAUCAAAGUGUAUUGGAUCAACUAGUUGGACUUUACAAGCAAGUCAAAAUUGGGGAUCCUUUGGAGAAGGGAACUCUAGUCGGGCCAGUACAUACUCAGGCUUCGAGAGAGAACUUUGAGAAGGGGAUUUCAACCAUAAAAUCUCAGGGGGGGAAGAUCCUUACAGGCGGAUCGGUUAUAGAGUCAGAUGGCAAUUUUGUACAACCGACAAUUGUCGAGAUUUCUUCAGAUGCCUCUGUGGUGAAAGAAGAAUUGUUUGGCCCAGUUCUCUAUGUUAUGAAAAUUAAGGCUCUUGAAGAAGCAAUUGAACUGAACAAUUCGGUACCACAAGGAUUGAGUAGUUCAGUCUUCACAAGCAAGCCAGAAACUAUUUUUAAAUGGAUUGGGCCACAUGGUAGUGAUUGUGGUAUAGUGAAUGUAAAUAUACCUACUAAUGGAGCUGAGAUUGGUGGUGCCUUUGGCGGAGAAAAGGCAACCGGCGGUGGUCGUGAAGCAGGAAGUGACUCCUGGAAGCAAUACAUGAGACGUUCGACAUGUACGAUCAAUUAUGGGAGUGAACUACCACUUGCUCAAGGUAUAAAUUUUGGUUAAGUGAACCAGACUUCCCGGCAAUGCUCAGUAUGAUUUCGAGUUCAUGACAGGUCAAGGAAGGUACGUUCAGCAGAAUCUGCUGUCAAGGUUACGAGUAGCCUGCCAGCUUGAAUGUGCCAAAGGAAACCUGAACAGAUGUUUAUGACGUUUAUGAUGCUGAUGCCAGAUUUCUAAUCUUGAUAAAUAAAUUGGAACUUUCUUCAUCUUUGUUGAGAAAUAAAAGCAGUCAAUUUCUGAA